AGACAGAGAGAGAGAGAGAGAGAGAGAAACAAGCGCUUCAUUCGCUCACAUACACUCUAAUUUCACUCUAAUUUUGUUUCUUUUCUCUCUUAUAGUUUUCUCAUCAUCGCUCUCAUUACCACCAACUCACAAAGAUAUGGGUUUUGCAAGAUAUGAUGAUUUCAUGAUGAAAUCUCAUCUGGGUCAUGUUUGUUUUAACCUUUUGAUUCAUUUGGGUUGUUCUCUUUGUUGAUGAAAUUAACCAAUUCAGUUUCAAACUUUGCUUUUUUUGAUCAAGAUUGCUCUUUUAUUGCUUAUUCUUGAAUUUUGGGAUCAAUGGAAUUUGAAAAAGAUCAAGAAGUGAUUACACACGUUUGCAAAUUCUGCAGCAAGAGUUUUUCUUGUGGUAGAUCAUUAGGGGGUCACAUGAGGUGUCAUCAUGAUCAUGUAAAAAUCAAUGAUCAUGAUCAUGAUCAUGAUGAGAUUGAUGCUGCAACAACAACAAAAGUGAAGAAAGAAGAAGGUUGUUGUUCAGAAGGGUAUUAUGGUCUAAGAGAAAAUCCAAAGAAAACUUGGAGAGUACUAACUGAUUCAAGUAAUGAUCAUGAACAAGACCCUUUUAUUGUUGAUGUUGUUUUGGACAAGUUGUGUGAAAAAUGUGGUAAAGGUUUUCAAUCUUGGAAAGCAUUGUUUGGUCACAUGAAGUGUCAUUCAGAAAAAGAAAGAGUUUCUUCAUCUUCAAAGAAGAAUAAGAAUAUUAGUUUUGAAUUGGAUGAACAAGAGGAUUCAUCUUGUGUUCAGAAGAAAAUGGUUUUGGAUAGUGUAUCUGAUGAUAAUGAAGCAACUGUUCCAAAUAGAAGGAGAAGAUCAAAGAGAAAAUUGAGAACAAGGUACAUGAAUAUGAAUAGUAGUAGUAGUAGUAGUUCUUGUUUUGUUGAAAAUUCUGUUUGUGAAAUUGAUGAACAUGAACAAAAAGAGGUUGCUAUGAGUUUGAUGAUGCUUAGUAGAGAUGUAAGAUCUUGGUGUGGUCUCAAUUCAAUUGCUGAAUCUUCUGAUAAUAAUAACAAUAACUCUUUGGAAUUAGAAGCUCCAUUAACUCAUUUAGUUUCUAAGAUUGAAGGAAAAAAAAGGGUCAUCACCAAUGGUUCUGAAAUUGUGAAAAUGACCAAAAAAGAAAAGAAUUUUGAGUUUGGUAAUCUAAACUCCAAAGGGAAAAAAAGUUCAGAACUCUUUGUUACUAUGAAGAAAACCAAAGUUUCUGAUAUCGAGAACGGAAAGGAUAAAAAGAAGAAUAAGAAGAAGAAGAUUGAGGUUCAGGUUGAUUCUGAUUCAGCGUUUGAGGUCAAUGCGAAAUCAAAAUCAGGUAACACUACUACAAAGUACACUUCAAUGAAGGAAAAGUUCUUUGAUUGUGAAUUGAGCAAGAAAAAACCUCAUAAAAGAGGAAAAUUUGAGUGUACUACUUGCAACAAAAUUUUCAAUUCAUACCAAGCACUUGGAGGUCAUAGAGCUAGUCAUAAGAAGAACAAAGGUUGCUAUUUUGCUUCAAAAAAAAUUCAUAGUAGUGAAAAUGAAAACAUUGCUGAAUUAGAACUAGAAAUGAAGAACAAUCUUGCUGCUGCUGAUGAAAGAAGAAUGUUACAAAGUGAAAUUCAUGAAGAAGCUCCAGAAAUAAGGGAUUUUCUUGAUCUUAAUGUUCCUGCAGAGGCUACUGAUGAAGAAAAAAGGGGUCAUGGUGAGGCUUGUUACAAACCAUGGUGGUUUGUUGGAAGCAAUCUUAAGCAAGAGGCAAUGGUAUAGGUUUACUAUCAAACUAAAACAUCAUAGUUAGUUCAAUUUUUAGCAAUGGUUUGAUUCAAUUCAAUUCAACUUUAGAGUGAAGGUUUCAAGGUGUAUAGAAAAAUGUUUUUGCAUUUGUUUCAUUAAUUCUUUACAGGAAUAGUGUGUUUUUUUUAGAUAUUUUUUGUUCUGUUUUCUUAUUCUUCAAGUAGUUCACAAGGAAGUUUUGAUAAUGUUCUAUUCUUUUUUUAAUGUUUUGUUCUUUUUAUUUGGAGAGUGGUAUAUGAUGAUUACUUUGUUCAUACUUCAAAGAAUAAGUUCCUCUGAUGCAAAUUUUAAGCUCAUGAUGGAUUUUUUUA